AUGGUGCUGAAUAUAAUCAUCUCAGUUGAUGCAGCAUGCAGUGACACCUGUGCUUCUGAUGAGUAUUGUAAUAAUUCUACCUGUACCUGUAACUCUACACUGUACAAUAAUGCAGCAGGCAGCAAUCCAUCACCGAUAAUUGACUGCAGUAAUGGAGAAAUGAGUACUUACAUCUCUAAAUGUUGGCUGGAAAGAAAUGGAUACAAUAGCACAAGUGUAACGCUGGAUAAUGCCACCUGUUUAGCUACAAGAGAGAUUGUCAAUGACACUGCUGUCAUGAGUUUCCACCGACCACUGAUCAGUAAGGACUGUGGUAACAAUGUAUAUAUGAAUUCAACCCAUGUCACAUUUUCAAAUAGGCUGCGUAUUUAUGCAAAGACCCAACCUAUUUUGUCCCGACAAGAUGUGAUCAUGAACUUUUCGUGCAUUUUCCCACUUUUUAUAAAUGUUCAUCUGAAUUUCACAGUGAAGCCAAUACUUGGAUCAACUCAGAUAAAUGUUCCCGGUACACUCAGUUCAUUCACAGUGGACAUGUUUAUUUAUAAAGAUGCAGAUUUUACCACACUGCUAACUGAAAAUGAGUCAGUGUAUGUGGAAAGUACUCUCUAUAUUUCACUGAUCAUACCAAGUCUGGAAGUUGAAAAUUUUAAAAUUAAAGUGCUCGAUUUAUAUGCUUCGGUCUCAGAAUCUGGACCAACAUACUAUUUGCUACAAGAUGGGUGCCCAACCAGCGGAAUAACUGCUGAUCUGAUGAGUGUGCUUAACAAUGGAAAUUCCACCGAAGCACGGUUUGCAAUGAAAGUUUUCCAGAUUGCUGGUUCCUCCACUGUCAGUCUCACUGCUAAAGUGAAAAUCUGCACAGUUGAUUGUCAAAUAGAAAAGGCGCAGGCCUUGUUGCAGUUGGUGCAGCACGACAGUAUGGGGCAGACCCAGACCGACCACAAGCGGGGGUACAACCAGAAGGCCUGUGAGAGGACCCAGCAGGUGGGUGAGCAAGCGUGGAUACUGGUUCCUGUACCUCAGGACAAGCUUCAGGCGGCCUAG